AUGUUUCAUAACCACCUUUCACGACUCCAUGACAUUCUCUCCGAAUUCGCCCAUAUAUUAAAGUCCAACAGUAGGAAUAUGGCCCUGGAUCCACGCUUCUACAGUAGCAUUGGAGGCCAGCCUGAUCACUUUGCGUCUCAAGGCAGAGUCUGCACUCCGCCCGUCGAGUCUCCUUCGGCACAAUAUUAUUAUCCCGGCGCGACACCGAGUAUGGCGUCCUUCACAUCCGCGUCCUCAGCCGCGUUAAGGUCUACCGCAUCUACGCCUUCAUUCCGAUCAAGAGAAAGCGUCAUGGCACCCGCAACUAAGGUUGAGGCGCCAAUAAAUAGCGGAGGAAACGUCAAGGUCGUUGUGCGUGUCAGGGCAUUUUUGCCGAGAGAAAUAAGUAAUGGGACGGAAUGCCUGGUUUCGAUGAACCCCCGAACGCAAUCGACUACGUUAAGUGCACCAUCAUUCAUCAGUGCGAAGGGCCCUGCCAGUGCAAGAGUCCAGAACAGAAGUAAAGCAAUUGAAGAUAAGAGUUUUACAUUUGACAACUCCUUCUGGUCUCACAACAGGGCAGACACACACUACGCCGAGCAGGAAGAUGUUUAUAAUUGUCUGGGCGAAGAGUUUUUGGAUCACAACUUUGAAGGAUACCACACAUGUAUAUUUGCAUAUGGACAGACGGGCUCAGGGAAGAGUUACACAAUGAUGGGCACUCCAGAGCAGCCUGGACUAAUCCCUCGAACAUGCGAGGAUCUAUUCCAACGCAUUGAGAACUCAAACUCGCCGGAUAUCACCUACAAUGUCCGUGUCUCCUAUUUUGAGGUAUACAACGAACAUGUCCGCGACUUGCUAGUUCCUCGAACAGACCCUCCAUAUUAUCUUAAAAUCCGUGAGUCGCCCACAGAUGGGCCAUAUGUGAAGGAUCUAACAGAUGUACCUGUUCGAAAUAUUGCUGAGAUUAUGCGCUACAUGCGGAAAGGUGAUGCAUCUCGCACAAUUGCCAGCACAAAAAUGAACGAUACCAGCUCAAGAUCGCAUGCUGUUUUCACCAUUAUGCUUAAGCAAAUUCACCACGACUUAGAUUCUGAUGAAACUACCGAACGAGUUGCUCGGAUCCGGCUGGUAGAUCUUGCUGGUUCCGAACGGGCAAAGUCCACGGAGGCAACCGGAAAGAGACUGCGAGAGGGUUCAAACAUCAACAAGUCAUUGACCACCCUAGGCCGUGUGAUUGCGUCUCUGGCAGACACAAAGCAGCGGCAGAAUGGACGCAAGACCAAAGACGUUGUCCCUUACCGAGACUCCAUUCUUACGUGGCUCCUCAAAGACAGUUUAGGAGGAAAUUCGAAGACUGCAAUGAUAGCAUGCAUUGCCCCGGGAGACUAUGACGAGACUCUCUCGACACUUCGGUAUGCCAACCAAGCCAAACGCAUCCGGAACCGUGCUGUUGUCAACCAGGACCAUAUAUCUGCAGCUCAGCGAGAUGCCGAAAUCGCAGAGAUGGCCGAACUUAUCCGUACCCUGCAGCUCAGCGUCAGCCAGCAAGCAGUCACCAAGCGUGAGAGCGAGCUGCAAACUGAAAAACUGGAAGAGUACCAAAAACAGGUGACGAGGAUGCAGCAGUUGAUGGAAGAAAUGAAGAUGGUCAGUGAAACCAAGAUCAGACAACUCCAGACCGAAAACGAGGCUCUCCGUCUUCACCUGAAGCUGGCCCUAGAGAGCUUAAAGAACCCCAUACCUCCGGUACAGGUUCCAAAACAGAGAAACAGACAGAGCAGCGUGCGUUCUGUGCUUACGAAGGAUGAGGGCAACAUCGAAAUUCUGGAGGAAGAUGCAGAAAAGGAGAACACCGCUCCUCCAGGCCACGAUGACCAGAUAUGGGACGGAAAACCCGGCCUGAGCCGUUUCGACCUGGAAGCUCUUGAAGUCCAAGCCGAGAUGGAAGACCUUCUUUCGGACUUGAACAUGUUCCGCAAAAAACUAGCUGACGACUGUGAGCGAUUCGGCGUCAAGAAGAGACCUUCCCGGCCUAGCCAUGCUGCCAGAAAGGUGCUCGGCGAACUUGAAGCCAAUAACUGA